CGCCUCGGACGCUGCAUCCACCAACCCAGCUCAGACCAUUGUAACCUCGACGCUGUUCUCUGCAUAAUGACGCUCCAGAACACCGCAAAGCUCGGAGGGACCGCGUCGAGCGUGACCGUCGCGAAAGUCGGGGUACGUCUGCACUCCCGCGGCGCCCACAGCAUCGGGAACACAGCACGCUGACGCCCCCAUGCACCCACUAGCACGGCCUCAUGAUGAUGACGUGGCGCGGCUCGGGCGUCGUCCCCGACGAGCAGUGCUUCGACGCGAUCAAGGCCGGCAUCGACGCGCUCCCGCCGGGCGCGAAGAUGCUCCUCAACAGCGGUGAGUUCUACGCAAACGACCUCGGCACAGGCAACCUCGAGCUCCUCGCACGCUUCUUCGACAAGCACCCCGGCUACGCGGACAAGACCUUCCUCUCCGUCAAGGGCGGCGCGUCGGCGAAGGGCCUCGGGCCCGACGGCUCGCCGGAGAACCUCCGCCGCAGCGUCGACAACAUCAACGCUGCUCUGCGCGGCACGAAGAGGCUGGACCUCUUCGAGUCUGCGCGGGUUGACCAGAAGGUGCCUCUUGAGGAGUCCAUCAAGGCGCUCGCGGGCCUCAUCAAGGAGGGCAAGUUCGACCACAUCGGUAUGUCGGAGUGCAGAGCGGAAUCGCUCAGGCGGGCACAUGCUGUCCACCCGAUUACUGCGGUGGAAAUUGAGGUCAGCCCGUGGUCGUACGAAGAGGAGACCAAGAAGGUCAUUGCCACCGCGCAGGAGCUCGGCAUCUCCGUGGCCGCCUACUCUCCACUGGGUAGAGGCUUUCUGACGGGAGCGAUCAAGAGCGUGGACGACCUGCCCGAGAACGACAUACGCCGGCGGUUCACGCGCUUCGGCGAGGAGCACAUCAAGCACAACCUCGCGCUCGUGGAGGAGCUGAAGGCGAUCGCGGCGAGGAAGGGCUGCACGCCGGGCCAGCUGAGCAUCGCGUGGGUCGGUGCGCUCGGCGCGCACGUCAUUCCCAUUCCCGGCUCCUCGAAGAAGGAGCGCACGCUAGAGAAUGCUGCGGGGGGCGACGUCGAGUUGACGGAGGCGGACCUUGCGGAGAUCAACGAAGCCAUUGCGAGGCACGAGGUCAAGGGCGACCGCUACUUUGGCAACGACCAGGCUGCACACUUGUGGGGAUGAGCGACGCCGGCGGGGGAUAUCGGCAGACCGCGAUUUGACGAAGGCCAUGGUCGGAGGUGCCCACUGUGUCUGUCGACGGAACUCUGGCUUCAACAGCCAGAUUGGCAUGUACAACUGUAGUUAGCAAUUUCAUGGAGUAAGCGUACCAUCACACUCGUAGAUGCAUGAGCCGCCCUCAUCCGGACCGUCGCACGAGCGAGUGAAUAGACGAGAGGACGGCUGGUCGCCAGUCGGCGUGGCCAGUGAAUUUGACGGGGAAAUUGAAUGAUGG